AAGUGCUGGGAUUACAGGCUUGAGCCACCGUGCCCGGCCAAAUGACAGGUUUUCAAACAUUUUUAUCUAGAUGGUGGUGACUCUGAAAUUUACCUCUUAAACUCUUCUGAACUCCAUUUUUUCUCUCCAACUCUUCCCUGGAUAGUACUGCUGGAACUUCAACACUCCAAACUGAAUUCAUCACCUGUACCCCAUCCUACUGCAAACUGAUGUUCUUUCCUUUAUCCGUGAAGCUAGUUGGACAUCCCUAUAAAGUGUGUGUUCUGUCUUUUCCUCUCCACUGCUGCCCCCCCAAAACCCCCACCCCCAAUAAUAGAUGCUCAUCACUAUCCCCAACUGCUGCAUUGGUCUCCUAGUUUGGACUCUACCCAUAAAUUUAAUCUUUAUGUUGCCAUCUCUGGGAUGUUUUUCAAGUGCAAAAUUACAAUCAUUUUAAAACCAAAAUUUACUCAUUGAUGUCUUCCUGUUGUACGAACCUUAGUCAUGAUGAACUGUAGGAACUCCCUAUGAACUGUUUUUGGCUGCUUUGCCUUAUGCUGCUACUUGUUCACUUAUCUAUCUUAAAGUCUUACACCCUAGCAAAAAAUUUCCAAUUCCUGUUUUUGUUCUGAGGCCACUGAAUGCAGCACAUACCUUUAGACUAGUAAUUCAUUCCACUUAUGUGUCUCCGCCAAAAUAAAAUAUUAGCAUUUAGUAUUGUGGUUGGAACACAUACUGUAGUUAUGUAAUAAAUGGUCCUUGAGUGUAUAAAUGAAAGAAUGGUAAUUCCAUAUUUAUAAAGGCUUGAUUUAAUUUUAUGGCUGCUGCUGCUGCUUGAAACAAGUACAGUCUGAGUUGUGUUAAAAAUGUGCUGGGAUUACAGGUGUGAGCCACCGCUCCUGGCCGAGAUAGGUUCUUGAUUGCUGUGUUCAAAUCCUUAAAGGGCAUUUCCAGAUAAGAGACAUGUUCAAAUCACAUAGGAUCAGGAGACUGGUAUUUGAUACUUCCUUGUCCGAUCUCCUCAUUUUAACAUGUUACAUAUUUAAAGGACAGAAAUCAGUCAGUAGGUAAAAAAAUCUUAGGGACAUAGGCUUGUGAGCUCAAUAUAAUGAGCUAAUUCAAUAUAAUGAGCUAAUAAUUGACAACUAGAUACUUUAAAAAGUGUUACAUGCAGCUUGUGAAUAGCAAGUUUUCUGCCUGGAUCAAACUGGGGGAGGGGAACACAGGAAAACCUCAGAAAGCAAGCCACCAUAUGUUUGAACACUACUCAGAGACAACAGAAAAGCUAGCUUUGUGGUGUCAGAAAAGCUUUCUUGGACCUUAUCAUUCUAAGAGUUCAGGAAAAUCUAAUUUCAUGUAAAAAUGAGCAAUGGAAAAAAUGUCCAAUCACAUAAAAGGAUUUUGUCAAAAUGGAAUUAUGAAUGCUUUAGUAAACCGUGGAGGAAAUUGUCUGAAGAAUUUAGAAGAAAGUUGUCAGCAAAGCAUUCAUGGAUGUAGUGUUUGACCUGGGCCCUCUUUGCUACCUAAAUCAGUUGGAAUAUUAAGCUAUGUUAAUAGUGCAGCUGGAACAGUAGUGGUUCCCUUCUUAUUCUGCAGGAAUGUUUUCCUUCUGACUCUGCUGUUUGAUAAGAGUGGGAAAGGGAGGGGGUUAUAAAGCUGUGAUUUAUUCACAAGGGCAUAGGGAAGGACAAGGAACUUGAGAAAUUGUGACUUACUCCAUGUGGGGUUUCUGAUCCAUCAUCAUCCUUGUUCUGCACUUAAAUUUCAGCCAUAUCCAGCUCAGACUACUGGGCAUAUCACUAAUUGCUAUCAAUUGUUUUGCUAGUUGCUUAGUCCCAAAUCAUUCUUUAUCAUCUUUUCUGUCAUACCACAUUUAGGUAUUUUAUUCAACAAACAAACUGAAUGCCUAUUAUAUACCAGACACUCUUCUAAAGCACUGGGGAAAGAUACAGCAUGGAUCAAAACAAAUUCCUGUUCUUCUGGAGUCUACAAUUUUGUUUGGUGGUAGGGGAAGCAUAUCUGAAUAUGACGAUAAGUGCUAUAGAGAAAGCAAGUUAAGGUUAGAAUGAAAAGAGAUGCCCCACUGGCAUGUAAGCUCCAGGAGACAAGGACCUGCCCUGCUCAUUAAGGCAUUUUUCGUGCUUAGAAUGGUGUCUGCUACGUAGUAGAUAUCCAUUAUUUGUUGAAUGAGUAAAUGAUGUUGACCAUAGAUAAAUUAAAAACUUAACACUUUCAAAUUAUGUCAGUAGCAGGCACACAUCUUAAAUUGUUGUAUUACUCCAGUGCCCGUCUUGCUGAAAUUCAGAAGAGGAAGCUAUUUCGUAUGAAGCCAAUAAUCUCAAAUCAGAAAUAAAAACAGAUACCACCUGUCAUCACUUGCCAUCCUCGGCUAAGCCAGGAGUGUCCGACCCAUAUUCGGUAGCCUGGAUACUUAGGUGUAUUUAGUGAACUAACAAAUGAAUCCUAGCCACUGCAAAGCUUCAAAACCCUCGGGAGUAGUGCUUGGCUUCUGCUAGUCCCACAGGUAUUUUAAUAUUAGCUGAAUAAAUGAAAUAACCAAAAAAUAAAUCGCGACUGUGUCAGGUGAACUUGGGAAGGCAGAUGCGCUUAGGGUCCGGCUGUAGUGAGUAACACACUCCCUGCGAAGAGUUACACGGAGUACGAACUCUGGACCGCGAGUCCGGCUCACCGGUUUGUACCUAAAAACCUUCACUUGCGCGAGCGCCGCUGUCCCAACGCGACCUGCCCCGCCCGUCAUCUCCUAUUGGCUGCCUCUCGGAAGACCCGCCUCUUGAGAAGGAAAAGCUGUCGCUUUCUGAAUUGCCUGACGUCAUGCAAUGACCAAUCAGAAGCAGCGAUCUUCAGUUUUGCCCAAUGAGACUGGGUACGGGUCCUAGCCCGCGGAGUUUGAUUUCGUCCUGGGAUGCGGAAGUAGCUGUCCCGUCAAGCGGAAGUAGCGGUCCAGUCCUAGGGACUAGAAGGUGGGUUGGUUGGGUGCGGGAGGAGGUGGGCGAGCUUCCCGUAACGUUAUCCUGGCUGAACGUGAGGCUCCAGGGCUGGGCACUGGGUCGACCUCUUGUUCUUCACUGAGGUCAUCGUUACCGCCUGUGGCUGCAAGCCGAGACGCGCGGGUGGAAACUGGGUCGAGGUCUGGGUAGACGUCUGAGCGAUGUGGACAAGGAGUGGCGCAGUCUGGAAUUUGAUUGAGAAUUCUUAACCCCUCCACUUGAUGUUCUGGUGAUUCCCGGGGGCUUGGCUUCGGAGGAAGGUGAGCAAGGCUACCACGCUGUGUUUGGAGAGCACCAGGAAGCUUGUGGCCAAAGCGAGGGACGCGAUCCGGCUCUGGUCACGGCCUGUUACUAGAUGGGUGACCAAGUCACGUCACCUAUCUGGAAUUCAUGCUCCUUAUUUUAAAAGAGCUAGGAGGGAUGGGCGGUACUUCGAUAUGUGUGUGAGAAGAGCUGUUCAUUUUUAAAGAACUUUGAGUCGGGCCCUUGCCUGCUUUCAAGGGUCGGCUAAACUCACCCAUCUGCUAAGAGUCUCAGCCCAAAGCUUUCAGGAAAGCGAGCUUCGUUGUGGCAUGUAACUUGAAGCCUUGCCUACUAAGUAGAUGUCCAGUUUGUUCUUGAUUGGUCUCUAUUAACUAGGCCCCUUCAUAAGCUCAGACAUCCUAUGAGGUUUUAAUGUAAUUUAACCAAUAAAUUGGAAUUUCCUUUACAACCCUCUCUUUCCCCCAGACUUCCCCUUCCUUUCUUUCUCUUUGACUUCCUUCAAAAUAGUGCUGGCUAGGAGAAAUUAGUUGACGGUGUAGUGUGUAUCAAGAGGACUUUUCCAGGUCAUGUAGUACAAUUUGUGUGGCAUUUAUUUGUCAAGAGUAACAUUUUCUAAAAUUUUCCCCAAAGGCACCAAGAAACUGAUAAUGCUCCUUUGAAUUGGCUUCUGUAUUUGCUUCAUCAAUGUCUCUCAUACUGAAUAUCUUAAGAGAGAUGCUGGAGUAUUUUGGUGUUCCUGUAGACCAGUAGAGAUGGGGUUUUACCACGUUGGACAGACUGGUCUUGAAUUCCUAACCUCAAGUGAUCUACCUGCCUUGGCCUUCCGAAGUGCUGGGAUUACAGGCGUGAGCCCCCACGCCCGGCCUGAAAAGAGAUUUUGAAUGGAGCUAAGUAAGAGAAAUGAAGUUGAGGUUUUGCUGAUUUGGGAAAAUAAAGACUAUGGAUCAACUAGGAGUAUUGUUCGUAUUAUUGGGAAAAUGCUUCCAUUAGAACCUUGUCGAAGACCUAAUUUUGAGUUGAUCCCGCUCUUGAACUCUGUAGACUCUGAUAAUUGUGGAUCUGUGGUUCCUUCUUUUGCUGAUAUUUUGUAUGUGGCAAAUGAUGAAGAAGCCAGUUAUCUCAGAUUUCGAAAUAGUAUAUGGAAAAAUGAAGAAGAGAAGGUGGAAAUUUUUCAUCCUUUGCAACUAGUUCGGGAUCCACUGUCACCUGCUGUAAGACAGAAAGAAACAGUGAAAAAUGAUAUGCCUGUAAAUGAAGUUACAAUUAAAAAAAUAGCUGCCCUUGAAAAUGAGCUGACUUUUCUUCGCUCUCAGAUUGCAGCAAUUGUAGAAAUGCAGGAACUGAAAAACAAUGCAAAUUCUAGUUCCUUUGGCUUGAAUGACAAGCCCAUUAGUUUGGGCCAGUUGUCAUCAUCGCGGGCUGCCCAUCUGAAUGUGGAGCUGGAUCAGUUUCCAAGUUCAGUGCUUUCUUCUCCUCCUCCUCCACCACCACUGCCUCCUCAGUUUUCAUCUCUCCAGCCACUGUGUUUUCCUCCCGUACAACCAAGAUCUAGUAAUAUUUGUGACUCAGAUAAUCCAGCUACUGAAAUGAACAAACAGAACCUGGCUGCUAAUAAGACCAAUUGUAGUCAUUCAAAAAGCCAGAGAAAUAAAGAUAUUCCAAACAUGUUGGACGUUCUAAAGGAUAUGAAUAAGGUUAAGCUUCGUGCAAUUGAGCGGUCACCUGGCGGUAGACCCAUUCAUAAGAGGAAAAGACAGAAUUCACAUUGGGAUCCAGUUUCUUUAAUAUCUCAUGCACUUAAGCAGAAAUUUGCAUUUCAAGAAGAUGACUCUUUUGAGAAAGAGAAUAGAUCUUGGGAAUCUUCCCCAUUUUCUAGUCCAGAAACUUCAAGGUUUGGACAUCACAUUUCACAGUCAGAAGGACAGCGAACUAAAGAAGAAAUGGUCAACACGAAAGCUGUUGACCAAGGUAUCAGCAAUACAACCCUUCUAAACUCAAGGAUUUAAACUCAACUUAAGGUUGAGCCUUAAACUUCUAAAACUUCUUCCUGGAUGAUAAAUUAUUCUUAGAAACUGAUUUGGACUGUUAAAGGCUAAAAGUAGAUGUAUUUAAAGACUUUUCUUGACACAUUUUGCCUACACUUGCUAUGUAAAUAUCUAUGCCUGUCAUUUUUGUUUCCUUUGUUCCUUUCUACAUUUACACUCUGUUCUUCUGUACAUAGAGCUUAAAAUAAACAUUCCUUUUGAACUUG